AUGGAUAAAAUUAACUUGGUUUCGGUCAACCUGUACUUAUACAUCAAAUUACCUGUAUCAGAGUUUGCGCCAGGUUCGCUACUGUCGCGUCAGCACUGGCCAGUCGAUUUCGCUGCCUCUCCAAAUGUUCCAGAAGAACCGCGUGAUGUCGCUGGAUUUCCUGCAGUCGUUUUCGAGUCACAGGGGUCUGGAAUGUGGUAG